AGUGGUAUCAGGUUUUCUGUUGACUGUGGUUCAGAAGUGAAGGUACAGGAACUGCAAAUUAACCAUUCAGCAUGCAUGGGUAACCCUUUAUCACCGCAAGCAGUAAAUAAAGUACACGACCGGAAGUUGAGGCAUGUUGCUAUAUUUAGACCGGAGUGAUGAAAGGAAGGGGAUUUUUUUUUUUCCACGAAGAGAGAGGGAGAGUAAUCUCUCUUGGUGACAUGAUAAUGUGGGUCUUGAACAAUUUUUCACCUACCUUAAUGGAUUGUCUCAUUUGUUUAUAUUUAUGAAUUUAUUUGUCGCUCUUUUCACAUUCAUUCGUGAAAUGUCAUUCAACCUUAACUGACUCAGAGUAUCGGCAGUUGAUAGUAUCGGCAUUUUAGCUGGAUCGCCGCCUGCAUCCUCACCCUCCUCCCCCGCUCCCCCCCCCUCCCUCCCUCGCCACGCCUCUUGCUACGUUUUACGGAAGCCAGAUAUAUUUUGACGAUCUAUGUCGUAAAAGGAAGUUCUUGUUUCUAGUCCGACCCUCAAAACUUACUUGAAGGAAGAAUAAAAGUGUUAUUCCGCUUUACUUUUUAGAGUCCGUUAUGACGGAUACCAAAUGACCCUGUAAAAUGUCCAAGAAUAUAUGAAGAAAUAAGCUCAUUAUUGUUGUUAUUAUCUAUUCAUUUUUUAGUUUUGGUUGUUUGUUUGUUUCAAGGAAAAUAAAAAAAAAAAAAGCGUUUACACCUCUCCAGCAAAAAGCGGAGAAUUCAAGAACCGUAGAAAAGUGAUGUCACCUGAUGUCCCCUGAUGUCCAUAUGACGGUGAAUUCAUCAACAUUCUGUAUGCGCUGUGAGGUUAAUUAUACAAUUUGGGCGCAAGAAACUGAUUCUUGCAGCCAAGUGAUGCAGUAAGUUCCUCAAUUAAACAAGAAGGAUGCCUUACCACGUGAGCUGCAUUAAAGAGGAUGAAAAGCUUUAUUUAAAGAAAGUGCAAAUGGUAUCGAAAAUAGAACACAGAACAAUGACUUGCUCCAACUCAGAUCCGCAUUCUGCAUAAGUAGAGGAAGAUAACUCCCAUCCAUGAGGAUCAACUGGAAAGAGUUUCUUUCAUUAGAAAAUCUGAACUACUAAACUGGACGAAAGGCGUAAUUGGCUAAAAAUGUCUUGGAGUAAUAGUCGAGUGGUGUUCAAGGUUCCCGGUGUAGCUAUAAAAGAAAGUCAAAUUUUCUGGACUGUCAAAUUCAGAGAGUUGAAAGAACACAGAACACUUCUGAGUAUAUUCGAGUUUUUAAGGCAACAGAACUACCUCGACUAGCCUGACGGGUUAAUUCACUAAAAUGGCAUUUUGCGAAACAAAGGUAAGUGCAAAUUGAUGAUUCAGGGCAAAGUCAAAAAAAUAUUUUUCCUUGCUUCGCGUUUAUUGUGAUUGGGCUUUCCCUUCCUUCAAAAAUUCUGUAAAAAGAGAAGCAAUUAAUAUAAGCAGACGACUACCUUUGCAGGAGCUAGUCGUCCGUCUAAACUAUUUUGCAGUAUGACAGCACUACACUCAUCACCUCUCGAAUGGCCCCUCGAGCACUAAGUCGUUUAUCUUCGAUUCCCUGAGUUUUGCAAAAUAUUGGCAAGAAAUAUUGCACAAAAAAAAUUAAACAACAACAAAAAAUAUAUUCCAGAGCGUCUUCAUCAAACUUAGCACUACUUCAAGCAGAAAUCAUGAACUGCGACAGGGUCUCUUUUCAUUCAGCUAUUUUUUGUUUGUUUGUUUGUUUCUUAUGUUACCACCAUUCGAUAACUAUAAACCACACAGACCCAAAAUCCCUAGCUUUAAGUCGCUCUGAGAAAGGGCCAGAGUUCAAAACUCCAAGUUUUUAAACCUGUUAGCUCAGUUGGUAACUUCAUUUUUCUCUCUCUUCAUGUUUGUUGGCUUGUUGUUUUGAUGUAUAUUGUUUCACUUAUUUACAUAAUGGUCAUAUUGGGGAAGCUUGUACUUAUCGAAUGACUUUUUAAUUUUCUUCUCCCUUAGAAAAGUGUUAUUUACACCACCUCAGCUGUUCUUCUACUGGUUUUCUCGUUGUAUAGAAAUUCAGCAGAAAGCAAACCGACAAUUCCAACCUUGCUAAUUCGUCAUGACAUAAACCCUACGGAACAAAGCAUCUCUGAAGGCUCUGCUGAAGAGAAGUCUGGUUUGCUCGUUAUUGCCCCAGAAGAAAAAGAUGACAUGGCAGUUAGUGACAAUAGAGACGAGAAUGCUUUGCACUCAGACGGAACAAGCAGAUCGCUAGGACGAAGAGCAACAUCUAAACGCCAGAAUAAGGCAGUCCGAUUCAAGAGGAACACCACACCGAACCCAUGUGUAGAGAGAUACCAACUCAAAUUGAUAGACCGCGAAACAGUUGUGCCCACCGUGAUAUGUGCAGAGGGUUGUAAAGAAAUUAAAAGAGUGUAUUUCUUUAAGGAUAGGGAUGAUCCACUAACAUUUGCAGUAGACUGUCAACGGCCUGCCGAAGGAACACGGCGGUGA